CCCAGCAAAGCAGCACGUAGCUAGGCAGUUCCCGUCGUCCCCCUCCUCCCAUUGAGGAACUCCAUCAAUCUCUCGCGCGCCAUGGACUUCGCGCUCGACGCCCACCCUUCCGAGCAGGAGCUCAUCGUGUCGUACCUCAGCCCGCGCGUCGUCUCCGGCGACAAGUCGAGCAAGUUCAUCCACGAGGGCGACGUCUACGCCGCCCACCCCGCCGACCUCACCCGGGACUACGCCGCGGCGGUCUCGAGCAACGGCGACGAGGCGUGGUACUUCUUCACGGCCGUGCGGGCCAGAGGCGGCGGCCGCAAGUCGCGCACGGUGGACUCGGGGGAAGGGUGCUGGCACUCCGAGGCCGGGUCCAAGCCAGUGGAGUCCGCGCGCCACGGCGGCGUAGGCUAUCGCCAAAACUUCUCCUUCGUGACCAAGGAGGACGGUGCGCGCGUCCGGUCCGGGUGGCUCAUGGCGGAGCUCGGCCUGCGCGAGGACGGGCAGGACGAGAUGACCCUCUGCAAGGUGUACUUCAGCCCGCGCGCCGCCGCCAAGAACCACAAGAAGCCCGCCGCGGCGACAUCGUCGUGCGCGCGCAAGAGGAAGGCGGACGAUUCGGCCACGGCGCACCAAUGCCACCGCCGUGCUCGUCAGAAGACGUCGAACGAAGAAAACACCAACACUGGCAACCAAGAGGACCUUGUCGAGGUCGAGGCAGAGAGCUCGCCGUCGCCGGCGGACGAGCCAGAGGUUGAGGAUCGCGAGGACUUCUACUGGUGGCUGCGGAACAAGGACAAGGUGAGGGAGGAAAUUGGCAUCAGCAAGGAAGACUUCUACCGGGACACAGCUCCGUCCGUCUGGGAAUGGGCUAUGGACUACUGCCGGCACACCGCACCUCCCAAGCCCGUCGUUCGCAUCGAAGACGAGAAACCCUUCUUCGUGUGGUUGACGUUGGACGAAUUGUACGAUCUGCCGGAGAUCAGAGAGUUCUUGACGCCAGCCAAGCUCCUGGAGGAGAGGACGGGCCGGUCGUCAGCUAAGAACGACCAGAUCAGCCGAUGAUGACUCAUUUAAUUUGGAUGUUGUUGCUUUUACUGUUGACU